AUGUCGAGAGGCGAUCCGUGGCAAACGGAUGCGCGCGACGGAUCUGGAGGCGAUCGUCGAUAUUGCCGUGACACGAGGGCACAUCCCUCGCCGGAAGAAGGGUACCACCGACGCGGAGAAAGCGACCGCGCGCGAGGUCUGCCAGGAGGGCAUCUUGGUCAACGAGGAGAUCUCGAGACGGACAGCGAAGGGGAGAAUUCCCCCGUGGGGAAAAUGCGGGAGGAAGGCCGCGGAGAAGGCGCGGACGAGGGCAGCGAGGAUCAGCGACGCCAAGUGGAGGACGCCAGUGGGAGUCACGGCUCCACCGCUGGAGCCGACGAGGCUAACGCCGCGCGGGCGGACAGCACGGCGGACCAGAGCGAGGCAAAGGCCGACGGGCCAGAGGGCGCACGAAAGGAGCAGCGAGAGGAACGCCGCAACUGUCAGGAGGGAGAUCCCUGGCCCGACCUCAGCGACGCGAUGGGUGGCGCGGUGGCGGGGAGCGCUCGCCAGAUCCGCAUCCGCGACGCGAAGGGUGGCGAGGCGGCGGGGAGCGCUCGCCAGAUCCGCAUCCGCGACACGAAGGGUGGCGCGGUGGCGGGGAGCGCUCGCCAGAGCCGCAUCCGCGACGCGAAGGGUGGUGCGGCGGCGGGGAGCGCUCGCCAGAUCCGCAUCCGCGACGUGAAGGGUGGCGCGGCAGCGGGGAGCGCUCGCCCGAACUGCACCAGAGACGUGAAGGAUGGCGUGAUGUCAGGUCCCCCUCGCCAGAUCUGCGCAGGCAGCGGGAAGGAGCACGUGAUGAGGAAUGGCAGUCGCCGUACGGCCGUCGGCAGCGUGGAGGAAGAAGAGACGAGAGGUCACCAUCGCCAGAGAAGCAUCGGCGUGAGACGCGGCGGGAAGAACGGGGGAGGGCAGACCACUCGCUGGAUGGGCAAGGUCAACGCACAGAAGGGCGCGCGAGCUCAUGGGAUCUGCAUAAGGAGGCAAGAUGGGACCAGCGGGGAAGCAAGGUUGGGGGCGGGAGUUUGGCAUAUAGUGCGGAACGAGCCAAGGAGGCGAGGGAAGGAAUAG